UGCUUAGCUUUCAUUUUAGUUUCGACAUAAAACAAACGAAAUUUAAUAAAUUCUUAGAGUGAAAAUCGAAAAUACGCAAUAAAAAAGAAGCCAAUGGACGAAUUAAAGGAGCAGAAUGAGGAGCAGCUGUUGGGACUGCUGAAGGAUGCGAUUUCGCCCAUAGCUGAGCGAGCGCGCGCGUCUAGCGAGCAGCUGAGAACGCAGUGCGUCGAUGCUGAGUCAAUGCUGCGGCUCUGCGAUGUGUUGGGCGACAUUAAGUAUACGCCAGGGCUGCGCAAGUGUGCGGGCAAUACGCUGAGGCAGCGUCUAAUGCAGCAGCAGGCGUGGCAAGAGCUGCAGCCGCAGCUGCCAGCAGCGCAGUCGCGACUAAUGACGGCGCUCAAAUCGCUGCGCAGCGACGACGACGAAGCGCUGCAACUGGCGGUGGUGCAAAAUGUGGCGCAGUUGAUGCAACUGCAGCUGGACAACGAUGUGCGCGAAUGGAAUGAGCAGCUGUUUGAGCUGCUGGCGGCGCAUUGCAAGCUCGCCGAGCAACAGCUGCUGAGCUUGAGCCUACUGAAGCUGCUGCUAAGCAGCGCCCCCAAGUUAUGCGAGCAGUACUUGCCACAAAUGCAGCGCAUAUUGCUGCAAGGCGUGCAGCAGAGUUGCAACGAGGCAACGCCGCUGAGCGAACUGCUGCUCAGCGCCUGGUCGCUGGCCAUACCGCUCUACAGCAAGCAGUGCGCGCAUUGCCUGGAGCAGCUAAGCGCAAGCGUCUGCCCCAUUGUGCAGCUAACGCGCGUCUUUGCACGCGAGCCGCAUCCGCGACGCAGCUGCCGCGGCCUGCAGACGCUGCAGAAACUGCUGAAGCAUGCGCCGGAGCAAGUUUGGCCACAGCUGCCGCUGCUGCUCAACGAGCUUUGCCAGCUGUCCGGCGACGUUUAUCUGAGCGACGAGCUGCGCACGCAGGCGCUGCUAACGCUCAAGAGCUGCGUGCAGUCGCGUCGGCGUCAAAUUAUACGCCUCAAGUUGAUGGAUCGACUGCUCAUGACGCUGCAUCAGCUGCUGGCAGUGCCGCCGGCGCUGAGCUCCGCUGGCGAGGAGCUUUACUUUGGCUCAACGCGCAGCGCUUUGGCCGAAGCUACGCAAAUUUUAAUACACAUUGCCAGCGAGUCGAACACGGCGCGCGUGGCGGAGCGUGCGCUGCGCCUAAUGCAGCCGCAGCUGGCGUCGCAGCGUACAGCGCUGCAGCGUUUGGCAGCGCUGCUGUUUCUAGCGCUCAUGACUCAGGGAUUUUCGGAUAUGCUGCCGGCCAAGCCGCUGCAGGGCUUCAUUGCCACCUUGGCCACGGGCUUUGCGGACGAGGAGCGCGUGGUGCGGCGCGCUGCGCACUUUGCGCUCUCCAUCAUGGCCGAGUGCCUGCAGCCGGAGAUCACCAAGCAGGCCGCGCAGCUUAUGCCUCUCUUCACCCAGUACAUUGAUCAGCUAAGCGACGAGCAGCGUCGCUCAGACAUUGAGCCCAGCACGCAGACGCGCAUGUUCUGCACCCUCGAGAUUUACUGCGAGAGUCUCCAGCCGCAUCUGCUGCAGCCCUACGCUGCGGAUCUUAUGCAGCGUCUGCUGAAGCUUUGCCAGCCCGGCGACAAUUCGCCCUCGUUGCGCCAAAUGGCGUUCAGCGCCAUCGAGUGUGUGGCCAAGAUACUCAAGAGCGACUUUGUCGCUUACUUUGAUCGCACGUUGGAGCUGGCGCUGCUCUUGAUCAAAGACUCAAGCGAUGAUGAUUAUCUCCUGCUGCGCUCCAAUGCAGUUCAGAUCAUCAAUGCGUUGAGUGCUGUGGAUGGCGACAAGUUUAAGCAGCAGGCACCGCAGCUCCUGGCGCAUUGCAUGGAGCUGCGCCAGCAUGAGGAGGGUCAGCUGCUGACCUACAAGACAAUGGGCUUGAUUUGCGAGCAAAUACCAGAGCAACUGACGCCACAUUUUGCGGUGUUGGUGAAGGAGGCAUGCGGCACUAUAAAGGAGCUGCUGGCGAUGCCAAAGAAAGCGGACAGCGAUGCGGAUGAGGAUGCAGCUGAGCAGACAGAAAGCGCUGCAGAUGACGACGACGACGACGAUGAUGACGAUGAAGAGGAUGAAGCUGAAGAGUUGACGGAGGAGCGACAUGGCGAUCAGACGGACAACGAAACUGAAGGCAGCAGCUUGUCGAGCAUGGAGGGCAGCAGCGUUGACUAUGCGGAUGGAGCACGCGAGGCAAUUCUUUGCUUGAAGCAGCUGGCGCAGCAUAUGCCAGACGCACUGCUGCCGCAGCUAAUGGAGGCGGAGAGGCGUGUGACAAGCGCAGCAGCGCGACUGGAGGAGAGCGGCAAGUGUGCAGUGUUUGAAACGCUGACGCAGUUUGUUGUGCUCUAUGCCAGGCAGCGGGACAUGGCGCAUGCCAAGCGCAAGUGCCAGGAAAUGCUGCCGCAGCUGAUAAACUUUAUGCGCAAUGCCAAGGACAUGGAGCAUGUUGUCGUCGGCUACGAUUGUUUGAAGCAGCUGCUGCAGUUGCUCAAAGCGCAGGCGCUGGCGGGCGCAGGCGCGCGUCAGUUGCUCUUUGGGCUGCUGCGCCGCACACUGCGGCGCGGACUGCCCUGUCAGUUCAAUGCCAGCGCCGAGCUGGACAUGGAGGCGCUGCAGCAUUGCAGUCAAGCGCUGCUGGAGGAUCAGCUAGUGCUGCAGCGCUGCUGCGAGCUGCUGCCCAUUUUUGGCGCCUGCAUGAGCGCACAUCAGUUUGCCGAUCAUUUGCAGCUGGUGCGCAAUCGUGUGCUCAAAUUUUUGCAUCAAUCGAAGAGCAGCAGCAGCAGCUCCAGUCUGCUCUACUAUAAUUUGCUCUGGCGCUGCAUGCCCGCGCUGGGUGCAUUGGCAGCAGAGUAUCAGGAGCUGCUGGCUCAGCUGGUGGCUGCUUGCGCCACUGAUGCGCAGCCGGCAGCGCGUGAAUUUGCCUGGCAACUUGCCGAUUGGUUGCUGCAACAUUGGGCGUCCCAACAUGCAGCUGCAACGCUGCCGCAUCUCGAGCGCGCUUGCAGCUCAGCGCUGCUGCCUGCAGCGCCCUUGAGCGCAGCUGAACGCGCUUGCGUUUGCGGCCUGAGCGCGCGUUUAAUGCUGCGCGAUAAUUUGUUGCAGCCAGCGCUGCAUUUAGAUAAAUUGCUGGCGCUUUUAUUUACGCAGCUGCCGCUUGCUGAGCAAUGCGUGCACUAUACGCCGCUGUUGCAAGCUUUGCUGCUGCUGCAGCAGCAACAGCCACAGCUGUUGCAACAAUACGCGCAACGCUGCGCGCAGCUGUUUGCAGCUCCUGCGCAUUUGCCGCCAGCUGAGGCAACACGCGCCGCUGCAGCGCAGCUGCUCAUUCAACUCACAAGUGUUGCCACUUGAGCUUGCCACAUUACAUUUUCUCAAUUUUGUAAAUUCCAAGUUUGAAUUUGUGCAAUUUAAUAAAACUAAAGUUCGCUUUCAUUUA